AUGUCUUCUGAAAUAUUGAAAUCUGCAUGGAAAGUAAUCCCCAUGUUUCAAUCACGCUCUAUUCCUAUCACAAUUCAAUUUUACACCGAGAAACUCGGGUUUGAACUUGCCAGUGUAAAACCCGAGGAAGGCUCAUCCGAGCAGAUAUUUUGCUCCUUAUUCAUUGGCAGAAAAGCAGACGCCAACUUCUACUUCUCAAAAGCAACAGCUGGGAAUUUCACUACGUCACAGGCUAUGAUUGCCCUAGGGACCUCGCAGUUGGAUGAGUACUACAAUCAUCUGAGAUCUCUCGACGAUGUUGAAAUUGUGGAAGAUGUCGAGGAUACACCGUGGGGGUAUAGGCAGUUCUCAAUCAAAGACAAUGAUGGGAACCUCUUGACUUUUUUCAAAUUUCUGGAAGGGGGCAAUCCAGGCCAGGACUGA